GCCUAUAACAAAUAGUGGUACAAGAAAAAGCCUUCAUCUACCUUCCUCAUUACUUUUCUUUUAGUAUACAUGCACAAGUUUGUUCUGCUUCUACCAGCCAUUGGAUGGUAGAGAGGGAAAAGUAAAGAGAAAGAAAGGGUCAAAUUUUCAUCAAGAAAGUGAAAAAUGGAGAGGAGGGGCUUGUAUGUCUUGAUUGUGGCAAUCAUAAUUAUUGUGAGUGGAGCUGAAGGGCAACUAGUAGAGAACUUCUAUGGUUUUACUUGUCCAAAUGUGGAAUUCAUAGUUCAGCAGGCUGUGUCUACAAAGUUCAGCCAGACUUUUGUCACUAUUCCAGCAACUCUGCGUCUCUUUUUCCAUGAUUGUUUUGUUGAGGGAUGUGAUGCCUCUGUUCUCAUAGCUUCACCAAAUGGAGACGCGGAAAAAGAUUCUUCAGAUAAUAUUUCCCUUGCAGGAGAUGGCUUUGACACUGUAAUAAAGGCAAAAGAAGCAGUAGAGGCUCAGUGCCCUGGAGUAGUAUCAUGUGCAGAUAUUUUAGCCAUCGCCACCAGAGAUGUUGUAAUGCUGGCAGGAGGCCCUGCAUACAAUGUAGAAUUGGGACGUCGCGAUGGGCUCAUCUCCAAGGCUUCUCGGGUUGCUGGAAAAUUGCCAGAACCUCACUUCAAUCUCAAUCAACUUACAACUAUGUUUGCCAACCACAAUCUCAGCCAGUUUGACAUGAUAGCUCUUUCUGGUGCUCAUACACUUGGCUUCUCUCACUGUGACCGUUUUGCAAACCGUCUCUACUCAUUUACCUCAUCCAACACCGUUGACCCUUCUUUGGAUCCCGAAUAUGCUAAACAACUGAUGCAAAUGUGCCCUCAAAAAGUAGAUCCUUCCAUUGCUAUAAACAUGGAUCCUGUGACUCCGCGAACAUUUGACAAUGAGUAUUACAAGAAUCUGGUUGGAGGAAAGGGUUUGUUCACCUCAGAUCAGGUGCUCUUCACUGAUGAAGCGUCUCAACGCACUGUUAAUGAUUUUGCCAAUAGUGCUUUCGAAUUUAAUGGAGCUUUUGUCUCUGCAAUGAGAAAACUAGGAAGAGUUGGUGUCAAAACCGGUAAUCAAGGUGAAAUAAGACUGGACUGCACCAGGUUCAACUCAUGAGGCCCAAGUUCUGCCUUCAACGAAAGGAAAAACUGCUACUUUGUAAAUCCAUGUUAGAAGUCCGAAAAGUUAAAAUAAUUUGUUUUUGGCUAUAUUUUUUAUGUAACCGGCUAAAUAAAUCACGUGUUUUGAGUUCUGCAA